GUUUUUUUUGGGGGGGUUUAUUAGGGCUUUUAUGGAGUUCCAAAUACUUUGAAAUUGUACUGGGUCUUCUUUUAUUCGUCCAGGAAAUUGUUCAAUUGAAUUUUUUAGUUUUUUUUAAUUGUUUGUAUUUAUUUGGUACAAAUUGUCUGUUUGUAAUUCAAUAGUAUUUGGAUGGGUGUGUUCUGACCGAUCGAUGAAUUGUGUUAUACAUGUAUGGGGUUUUUCUUUUCGAGUUUUGGUUGGUGCCGCUGCUUAUAAAUUCCAAAUACCCAAUCUCAGUCAUGUAUAUUAAUUUCCAUGUGUUAAAGCCCUACAAAAAAGUGGUAAUUUUUGGCCCUUUUUUACAAUUAUGGGACUUUACCUGUUCCCGGAAUUGCUUGUUUUCUGAGGAAGCGUUGGAAAGAAAUUAAAAUUUUUUUGUACUUGACUAUGAUUGUUUGGAACAAGAGAACAAAAUCUCAACUUGAUUAACUACUUAGCUUAAUUAAGGAGAAUUUUGUAUUUUUUGGGCUCGGGUACAACAACUGGUAGGAUUAGAAAUCAUAUUUCAUUCCUUUCGAUAAGUUUAUCAGCAACCACUCAAAGGUUGUUGUAAUUUGAUUCAAUGGAGCAAACUCUGAUGAUUGAUGAUCAAUUGGACGACAGCUCCGACAUAGAAGUUGAAGACAUAAGAUGUGACAAUAUAGCAGAGAAAGAUGUCAGCGAUGAAGAGAUUGAAGCAGACGAGUUGGAGAGACGAAUGUGGAAAGAUCGCGUCAAACUCAGAAGACUCAAGGAAAAACAGAAACUUGCUGCCCAACAAGCUGCAGAAAAGCAGAAACCCAAGCAGACCACCGAUCAGGCUCGGAGGAAGAAAAUGUCCAGAGCACAAGAUGGGAUUCUCAAGUAUAUGUUGAAGCUUAUGGAAGUGUGCAAAGCUCGUGGAUUUGUGUAUGGAAUCAUUCCUGAGAAGGGAAAACCGGUAAGUGGUUCUUCUGAUAACAUUAGAGCAUGGUGGAAGGAGAAGGUCAAGUUUGAUAAGAAUGGGCCUGCAGCCAUAGCCAAGUAUGAAGCAGAAUGUGUUGCCACCAUGUGUGAGGCAGACAAUAAUCGGAAUGGGAACUCACAGAGCAUUCUCCAAGACCUGCAAGAUGCAACUCUUGGUUCUCUCUUAUCUUCUUUGAUGCAACACUGCAACCCUCCUCAAAGGAAGUUCCCAUUAGAAAAGGGAAACCCACCACCUUGGUGGCCAACUGGGAAUGAAGAUUGGUGGAUCAAAUUAGGGCUUCCUACUGGUCAAAGUCCUCCUUAUAAGAAGCCACAUGACUUGAAGAAGAUGUGGAAGGUUGGCGUUUUGACGGCUGUGAUAAAGCAUAUGUCACCUAAUAUUGCAAAGAUAAGGAGACAUGUUCGGCAGUCAAAAUGCUUACAGGAUAAGAUGACAGCAAAGGAGAGUGCAAUCUGGCUAGGAGUUUUAAGCAGAGAGGAGUCCCUCAUUCAGCAGCCGAGUAGUGAUAAUGGAACAUCUGGCAUAACUGAGAUGCCCCAAGGAGGACGUGGUGAAAAGCAACCUGCUGCUAGCAGUGACAGUGACUAUGAUGUUGAUGGUGUUGAUGAUGGUGUAGGCUCUGUUUCAUCUAAAGAGGAUAGGAUAAGUCAACCUGUGGAUAUGGAGCCCUCUGCAAAUUUACGCAAUAGCACUGCUAACCCUGUCCAAGAUAAAGAGCCAAGGGAAAAGCAACGGAGGAGAAAAAGACCUCGUGUAAGAUCAAGCCCUGGUGAUCAAGUUCCUCAGCCAUCUCAGAAUGAGCGUUUACAGAUUGAGCCAAGAAAUGCUCUGCCAGAUAUAAACCACACUGAUCAGUUGAUUGGAAUGAUGUUGGAUGAAGGUCAGCAGGAAGAUGAGACACCGACGGCCUUGCAUCCACUGGAAAAAGAUCUUGAUGUCCAAACUCCAUUACCAGUAUCUGAAUUCAACUACUUCUCUGCUCCUACUGACAAUGUAAUUUCGACACAGAGUAUGCAUGUGGGUGGAACAGCCAUGCAUUAUACCGCGGUACGAAAUCCUGAGAUGCACAAUGGAGAUAAAUAUAAUUACUACAAUCCAACAGAUUAUGGUCAUAGUCAUGGCCAACAACAGUCUCAGCUUGCGGUGAAUGAACAUCAUGUUACACCAGCAAAUGGAGAUGAUAUAUCAACAGUACAUAGGAAUGGAAGUGAGGUCAUUGGAGGAGACUUGCCCUAUUAUGUAAAAGACCCGUUUCAGAGUGAAGAAGAUAGACAUAUUGAUGCUCAAUUUGGGUCUCCCAUUAAUAGCCUGUCAUUAGAUUUCGGAGGAUUCAAUAGCCCAUUCAAUCUUGGAAUUGAUGGCACUACUAGUUCUUUGGAAGACUUUAUGCUCGACGAAGAUUUGAUCCAAUACUUUGGAGCAUAAAUUGUUAGAUACUUCAGGAUUAGAUUGACUGCAAAAAUGACACAUUCAUUGCUCAUUUGGGUGGCCUUCACUAAUCCAUUGGACAUUUACCAGCAUGAGUGUUAUCAUUUUUGCAUUUCAGGACUGUAAGUUAUGAUCAUAACUCUUCCGAACGUUCAAGUUGUGAACGGUUGAAAAAAAUCAUGAAUUUUGUUGUUAUCUAGUUCACCCCCUAGUUUGAAACCAACUUGUGGGGUUCAUGUAAAUGACUCAAUUUGUUAGACUGGAUAAAUGGACAGUAUGAUUUCUGAUAAA